AUGGCGGACUCGGUGGCCGCCAUCACGGGCCUCGACCCCGCCCAGGCGGCCAGCUACCUCGAGAUGGCCGGCGGUGACGUUGAGAUGGCCGUGCAGUUGUUCUUCAGCAUGGCCGAAGGCGAGCCGGCAGCCGCGGCGCCACCGCCAUGGAUCGAGCAGGGCUUCGAGUUCUCCGCAGCGCCCGAGAGCCGUUGCGGCCUGCUGCAGGGCAAGAACGGUCCGUGCGGCGUCCUCGCGGCGGUCAACGCCGAGCUCCUCGCGCAGAAGGGGUGCCCUCCUCCUUCGGCGGCGGCGACGGAGGCAGACCUCCGCGCCGCCCUCGCAGCCAUCCUCUGGCGCUGCGCCUCCGCCGACGCGCCCGCGGGUGCAAAGGAGUCGGUCGCGCAGGAGGUGGUGCUCGCGCGGUGGGAAGGCGCCGUCGGCGGCCCGAUCGUGACAGAGUCGUUCGCGGCGGAUGGCGCCGCCUCCGUCGCCGCCAAUCUCGCGCCCCUGAUGCCGGCGCUGCGGCAGAAGGGCGGCGUCGUGCUGCUCUGCUACGCGUGCGUGCUGACGCGAGGCGUCGAGGCGCUGAUGACUCUCCUCAUGGCGGGGCGGGCGCGCGGCAACGUCGGCGCCUACGGCCAGGACGGCGCCAAGCGACGUCGUAGCGGCGAUGCGGGUAGCGGUGUGGGCGGCGGCGGCUCUGCGUGCCAGAUCCUCUCCCCCUGCUGCUGCGUGGCUUGGUGCGUGGCCGGCGUCCCCCUCGCCGACCCGCUCAAGUCUCCUCCGCUGCCCGUGUACGUGCUGCACGGCGGGGACCAUUUCACCGUGGCCUGGGUCCCGCUGCCGGCCAAAGAGCGCUUCGAGGCGCGCGUCGCCCCUCGCGCCAGUGUGGAGCGGUGCAGUGCUCAGACGGUGCAGUGCUGA